GUGGUGAACAACACCGCGAACGACAUUGGCGUGUAGACUGACUGUCGGGGGGGUGUGUGUUCAGGAGAGACCCCUCUUUGCUUCUCGCUACUGCUGUUGUGUUGGGAAAAAGUCGGAUGGGAACGGAGUUUGCCCCUUGCCUGCUGGCGAGGAGUAGUCGUGGGGGCGCACCACGAAAUCCUUUGCACUCAGGUUUUCAGUCUUGAUCUUUUUUUCGUCGUGCAGGUUUUUCCCCCUCUGGGAAGUGGAGAGGGUAGAGGAAAACGUAACAUACUCUACACGUGAAAUGCUUUUUGUAUAUUUUAUGUUUUUUUUUUAGCAGUAGUCUUCCGCUGUCACCUGGGAAGUUGAGGACUGGGAUAUAUAGGGGCCGUACGCAAGCACGCUUCAUGUUUUCAAGUCUUGGUUCAGUACCUUGAAACCGAGUCGAACGAAGGCAAACAGCAGUGUGCAAAUACAGAGACUCGCGCGGGUACCGAGGGUAAUGACCGUCUGUAGUUACCCUACAGAUACCCUACAGAGCCUACCCUGUGAGUUCUGUGACGGUUGCACCACAGUACCCUACACUUCUGUGAGUUCUGUAGCACACACGGUACCCCACAGAGAUUACCCUCUUGGUCUGUGUACAAUACCCUAACACUUCUGUGGGUUCUGUGACGGUCGUGCCGCAAUACCCUACACUUCUGUGAGUUCUGUGACGGUUGCACCACAAUACCCUACACUUCUGUGAGUUCUGUAGCACACCCGAUACCCCACAGAGAUUACCCUCUUGUUCUGUAUACAAUACCCCAACACUUCUGUGAGUUCUGUGACGGUCAUGCCACAAUACCCUACACUUCUGUGAGUUCUGUAGCACAUCCCGUACCCUACAGAGAUUACCCUCCGGUUCUGUAACAGAUCCAAUACCCCACAGACAUUACCCGUACCCUACAGAACCUAACCUUGAAGUUUACAGUACUUUUCGGGCGGCUAGUAUCCGUGCUGCACUUGGGCGUCUUAUGACGUAUGGUACUCCUCCAUUGACCCCAGGAACGGACGUGGGGAAUGUGAAAGCCGACACGGUGUGCAUAAAUGGGCACGACAGAACAAACGCUUGCUUGGAAGCUAUCAACUCUUCUGCGAUCAUCACGGGAUACGCGGAACUUAUAAGGCGAGUAUAUCCCUUGGAGGUUGAGCGAAGGGAAUGCGAGUACUUCACGAUGUUGAGACACCCCAUCGAUCGCCUGGUGUCGGCGUUCUUCUACUGCCCAACGGACCACGAUGUCCAAUUGAGGCCUCGGAAGUGGUGUGGGCACGAGGAGCACCCGGUGCCCGCGACCGAGCGCCUGCUGGACUUCGCGCAGGAAAGCUGGCAGAAUAUGGCGUUCAAGCAGAUGACGUUCGGCUUGUACUGCCCUCCUGACACCUUCUGCGAAGAGGCGGAGGUGAGAAGUGAUCUGGUGACUACCUCGUGA